CCAACUGCUUCGGUUAAAUCGUUCUCUGAAUUUCGUGAAUAUUUAUUGUUUAAGAAUAAUUUGUGAGUUGAAUGACUAUACAUUUAUAACUGUCUGAAAACAUGAUUUAGCGUUAGGUUUUUUAAAGUUCCUUAUCGCCUUGAAUGGGCCAGAGGGGUAGUUUAUUCGAGUGUUGUCAGAAGUAGGCUAUACAAUAAUGGAAAAAGAGAGCCUAGAUAUUUAUCAUUUUCCAUAUGUAAACAACUGCUCUCGUGAAAUGAUCUGGGUUCUUCCGAUAUGUGCAAAAUGGAGGCCAACUGACCUUGGCGUUUUCGAAAGCCAGCUUUUUUAUUUUUUUAUUUAAGAAAAUAAAAUGUUAUCAUUAUUAGCGAGUCUUCAAAGGCUUUGGGUUUAAGCUAUGUACAGUAUCGGCACCCGCCUGUCUUUAGCUACCCAGUUAUGUCCGGUAUGAGACAAUAGAGCUAAAGUAUUCAAUAGGGAGUUGAAUACGGCAGUGUUUGCAUAGCGAAGCCUACUGUAUUAUUCUCGCUGGCGAAAGAGAGGGGCGGUAGUUGUCACAAGCCUAUACCAUGGGAGACAACGGUUGCUGGAGUGAACGCAAACACAGCUCUGACCGGGGGAGACAUGGAAGCAAUAUGGCUGUACCAGUUUCGAUUGAUUGUCAUCGGCGACUCGACAGUGGGAAAGUCAUGCUUGAUUCGGCGAUUCACGGAGGGACGCUUCGCCCAGGUGUCUGAUCCCACAGUAGGGGUGGAUUUCUUUUCACGCCUGGUGGAGAUAGAGCCAGGGAAACGCAUCAAACUUCAGAUUUGGGACACAGCUGGACAGGAGAGAUUCAGGUCCAUCACCAGGGCCUACUACCGUAACUCCGUCGGCGGCCUGCUGCUGUUCGACAUCACCAACCGCCGCUCCUUCCAGAACGUUCACGAGUGGCUGGAGGAGGCGCGCAGCCACGUGCAGCCACACAGCAUCGUCUUCCUGCUGGUGGGCCACAAGUGCGACCUGGAGGCCCAGCGGCAGGUGAGCCGGCAGGAGGCGGAGAAGCUGGCGGGGGCCUACGGCCUGCGCUACGUGGAGACCUCGGCCCGCGACGCCAUCAACGUGGAGAAGGCCUUCACGGACCUGACGCGGGACAUCUUCGAGCUGGUCAAGCGCGGGGACAUCACCAUCCAGGAGGGCUGGGAGGGGGUGAAGAGCGGAUUCGUGCCCAACGUGGUGCACUCCUCCGAGGAGGUCACCAAGAGCGACCGCCGGUGCCUCUGCUGAUCGGUGCCCAAAAUCACAGCCCCGCCCUGCCACCUCUCUUUCCACACCUGCCGCCAACCCUGCCCUGUUAGCCCCCCUGCUCAAUUCCAUCGCCUCGCACCCUGAAUUCUGCCCACUACAUCGACUUUAACCCAAUCUUUGUUCUCCUCUGCUGGCCACCCCACCCCUCCAAUCUGCCGCUGUCCAGUCUGUUUGGGCAUUUUUCCCCCCUCUAUUCAAAGAACAUUGGUAAUUCUGAACCCUCACCGCCAUUUUCUUCUUUCCCUUGCCUCCUUUCACCCAAUAAGGUGUGGUCUGCCCUGAGACAGUACAAAACGUAGACCUGAACAAUGUGACUGGAGUCAGAGAGGGGGCAGUUCUGCUGCUGGGCGUUUUUGGACAGAGCCCCCAGUCUGGGUCCAUGGGGGGAGGGGGGGUGCGCCACAUGGACAUUGGCGCUGAUCAUAAACCUGCAGGGCCACCUCCUCUCUCCUUGGUGUUGGGGGGGUCGUCCGGGGCUGAGACUGGGCUAAGUGCCUCACAGUCUGGGUGAAAACACUGACCCCCGAUUAUCUGGCAUUAACGGCGUCCCAUCAACAGAACCAUGGAAGUACUAGCGGGACAGAGCAAUGGAAGAAUGCAAUGUGAAACGGUAUACCUUCCAGAAUUCCAUGGGGCACCUUCAAUAUUGCACACUCAAAACACUUUUGCCACCUAUCCAAGGCAGAGAGAACAACACGCAGAUAUUCAUGCACAUUAUUUUCAGUGGAAACGUACAACCAGACCUCAAACAAUACAAUUUGACAAUAACUUUAUGGGAUUGGUGCAUGAAUACAAAAUAUCAAGUAUGUUACCGUGUUGCUACAAUUCAUUCAAAUAGUUGUCCAAAAUCUCACACCUUAAGCAUAUUACAUAGGUUGAAUUAAAUGAGUGAAUUACUUUUAACAACACAAUUUUGGGUAUAUAUCAUGUUUUCCUCUAGCUCUUUUGGAGAUGCAGUUUAUCACAGAUAAUUUGCAGUGAAGAACGUAAACUAUUAUGGGGUAAAUAAUAGUAUGUGGCUUUCUUAAACAUGUGAUUUUGCUUAAGGCACAGAGUGUCCAAACUGAGGAUGUGUCUUUAGGGACCGUCAUUGCAGUUGGCAGUGGGUCCCUUCAAUGUGUCAGCAACUCAUUCAUCACUAACAGAACCGAACAACUAAAAAAGGCACUAUUAAAUAGCAUUGAAUUGUU